AUGUUCCUCUUCUCCCGUAAGACCAAGACCCCCAUCAGCACCUACAGUGACUCCUACAGGGCUCCCACCUCCAUCAAGGAGGUCUAUAAGGACCCACCUCUGUGGGCCUGGGAGGCCAACAAAUUUGUGACCCGGGGUCUGACUCAGACUAUGGAGCGCCAUGUGGACCCUGAAGCCCUGCAGAAGAUGAUCAAAUGUGCUACCCAAGACUAUGGCUAUAAAAGUUCCAUAUCAGGUCAUCCUUACUUUCCUGAGAAGUACUGGCUGUCUCAAGAGGAAGAAGACAAAUGCCUCUCAAGCUACAUGGACAAUGACCGGUGCAGCACAUGGAGGACAGGACCUUACAACUGUGCCUACUGGAAUAAGUAUACCACCUGCCUUCCCCGACUGCCUAAGGAGGCUGGGAUGGAGACUGUAGUUCGAGGAAUGCCGUUGGAGUGCCCCUCUAAGCCGGAGCGCCUCAAUGCUUAUGAGCGCGAAGUGGUGGUGAACAUGCUAAACUCGCUGUCUCGGAGGAAACAGCCGCUGCCUCAGAUCACUCCCCGUUGCGGGUGCCUGGAUCCGCUGCCAGGCCGCCUGCCUUACCAAGGUUACCAAAGUGCUUGCUCCGGCCGCCACUACUGUCUGCGUGGGUUGAACUGCUACUCCGUUGGGGACGCUUGCACUGAUCGCCGCCUGCGGCCUGUGUGCCCRGAGCUUCCGAGUGUAAGGGGUGUUUCGCCCUACGACCACCGGCCCGGAAUGCAAUGUGUUGUUACAACUCCCCCGCCGACUUUCUACCCUUGUCCGAACCUUAGAUGGGACACAAGUCACUUCAAGAAGACCGGUGGUCCCCAGAGAAACAACUAUAUUGUCCACCCUGAGUUUGUGUCUGAGACCUAUCCUAACUACUAUUGCGACUACCCUUGCUGGUAGAGUCUGGGCUGGCCAGGUCGAUGGG